AGAAAAAUUACUGCAGAAUGUUCCAGCAUCUGUCUCCGGAAGCAACAAGACAGUUGUGGGCCUAGCUAGCCGAAGAAAUACAGAGGGUCCACCAAAGGCGAAAACAAGUCGGACGGAAGAACAAGCAGUUUUUGCUUUGUACUGCUCUACAGUCCCUCUGGUGGCGUGAUGCGACACUGCAGCAAUGCGUCGGUUGUAUCCGGGAUCCUGGCGAGAUGGUCAUGGCGGAGGGUACUGCAGUUCUGAGGAGGAAUCGGCCAGGAACUAAGGCCCAGGACUUCUACAACUGGCCCGAUGAAUCCUUCGAGGAGAUGGACAGCACACUGGCUGUACAACAGUACAUCCAGCAGAACAUUCGCUCGGACUGUUCCAACAUCGACAAGAUCCUGGAGCCCCCGGAGGGACAGGACGAGGGCGUGUGGAAGUACGAGCACCUCAGACAGUUCUGCCUGGAGCUGAACGGACUUGCAGUCAAACUGCAGAGCGAAUGCCACCCAGAAACAUGCAGCCAGAUGACUGCCACAGAGCAGUGGAUCUUCCUCUGCGCUGCUCACAAGACUCCCAAAGAGUGUCCGGCCAUCGACUACACCAGGCACACGCUGGACGGCGCUGCCUGUCUUCUCAACAGCAACAAGUAUUUCCCCAGCCGAGUGAGCAUUAAGGAGUCGUCCGUCGCCAAACUGGGCUCGGUGUGCCGGCGAAUCUACAGGAUAUUCUCCCACGCCUACUUCCACCACCGCCAAAUAUUUGAUAAGUAUGAGAACGAGACGUUCCUGUGUCACCGGUUCACGCGCUUCGUGAUGAAGUACAACCUGAUGUCCAAGGACAACCUGAUCGUGCCCAUCCUGGAGGAGGAGGUCCAGAACGCAGCAGCGGGAGAGAGCGAGGCGUGAGGCCCCGCCCCCCGGCUCACCCGAGGCCCCGCCCCCCUCCACACCCGAGGCCCCACCCCCCUCUUCACCCACCCAGCACACACUACAGUAAUGCCCCGUGAGGGCAGGAAACUCUCCUAACGUCACAGAAACGCUGCAGGAACCUUCAGUGUCAGCCAGGGGGCGCUCACACACAACACAGAGGUAUUAAAACGCGCACACAGACUGACACACGCACACACACACACACUCACACGUAUGUGGUCUCCUAUAUAUAUAUAUAAUAUAUAUCUCUAUAUUCCACUGUCCCAAGUCCUGACACAUCAUGGCCUCUGUAAUCUGGUCUUCACUUUGGGCUGGCCUGCCCAGCCCUGCUCCUGGAGAUCUGUCCUCGCUGUCAGGUGAACAGAAGCGGCUGGCGACUCCACGUGUAUCGGAGGAGGCAUGUGGUAGUCUACACCCUCCCCAGACCGACAGAGGAUAGCACACCGACCAGGACUGUGUGAUACACAUGGGGAAUUAGUAUAACGACUAAAUUGGGGAGAAAAUGGCAAAAAAAAGAAAAACUAAGCGCAUCUGAUUCCACUAAUUAGCAGCUCAUUGAGCGCUCUAGCUGUUGAAUGAGGUGUGCUUUGCCAGGGUUGGAGUCGAAAAGCUGCUGGAUAGUAGAUCUCCAGGAACAGGGCUGGGCUGCCCUGGCUUUGGGCUUCUGGGUUCUGUUCCGGCUGUUUCUCUCUCUCUCUCUCUCUCACUCAUCUCAGCGGUUAAGUUAUUGUGUGGGCGGAGUUAUUGUGUGGGUGGAGCCACCUGCCCACGUCACUCAGGGCUAUGGCCCCGCUCGUCCCACUUUUAUACUUUCUUUUUGUUUUUUUUUUUAACGGACUAACGUUUGUUGUUAUUUUCAUUGUAUCUGUUAAUUAAAAGUAAUGUUACCCA